CGCGGGGCCGCGCGGGGCGGGCGCGCGCUGGUGGUGACGGCGCACCCCGAUGACGAAGCGAUGUUCUUCGCCCCCGCCCUGCUCGGCCUGCGCGGCGCCGGGGCCGCCCCCGCCGUGCUCUGCUGCUCCGCAGGAAAUUAUUACAAUCAAGGAGAGRUUCGUAAGAAGGAGCUGGAACAGAGUUGUUGUGUCCUGGGGAUUCCUGCUUCUGAUGUCACAGUCAUUGAUCACAGGGAUCUUCCAGAUGAUCCUGCUGUGGAAUGGGACACACAGCUCCUCGCUACCCUUGUCCUAAAGCACAUAGAAGCCAAGAACAUCAACCUGGUGGUGACGUUUGAUGCGGGAGGAGUGAGUGGCCAUGCCAACCACAUCUCUCUUUAUGCUGCUGUGAGGUACCUGCAUUCAGAGGGGAAGUUACCUGAAGGGUGCCGUGUGCUGGUGCUUGAAUCAGUAAAUCUCUUCAGGAAAUACAUUUCCUUCCUGGAUGUCCUCAUUUCCUGCCUCCUGCCCAGGGAUGAACUCUUCAUCCUCACYGAGGAGGAGACUGAACAAGCCAAGAGAGCCAUGCGGUGCCACCGCAGCCAACUGCUCUGGUUCCGCCAGCUCUACGUGCUCUUCUCYCGCUACCUGGUGGUCAAUUCACUGCGGCUGCUCUGACAGGACAGCACUCACAGCUCCAGGAUGAGCAAAACAAGACUGUGCUGGCCCAGGACUCAAGAAAACUCCUGUGUUGCGUGCUCAAGAGGACAGAGUGCUCUUUGAGUAUCAUUCUCCACACUACAGAACCCAGGCUGGCUGAACUUCCUGCUGUGUAUAUUGUUGCCUCAUACAGGGUUAACAGCUGCCCUAUUUUCUCACUCUAGAAGCUUAAAUAAGGUGAGAAAUUUGAAUUAAUUUUAAUUGGGAGUCAAGUCCAGGAGGAUUCUGCAUUGGAGAAGAUGUGGCACGAACUGUUUCCCCAAGAAGAUACAGCUGCAAGGACUGCUUGGCAACUCUCUCAGUGCUUCUGUAAAAUCCAAGUAUCAGCACUUGUUCAAAGAUCAUGCCAUCACCACAGAUACCAUAACCACAAGGCCUUUCUUACUCAGUCAGAAUUUUAAAAAGCCAAAGCUUUUGAAUAAAACAUCAGAAAUCAUGUAAUUUUUUUUCUAAUUGCA